AUGACCUCUUCUGAUUGGAAUCCAACUUGGCUUCCAUCAGACUUGAUUGAGUGGUGGGGUCAGGCAUCCGUCGUGGUUGGAAACUGGCUUUAUAUCGAUGGCGGCGAGAUAUGGGGAAAAUCUUUCCCCCAAGAUAAUUCACCCCUAUUAUGCAGCUUUUCAAUUAACUUGUCCUCGUCAUGGAACACGAGUGAUUAUGCCGCUCUAAUAUUUGCCCAUCCCAACAUUAGUCGAGUCGGACCAGAAGCAGCGGACAUGAUGACAAGAAAACCAACUAUGUGGUAUGAUCCAGUCGAAAAAUCAAUAUUCAGAUUUGGCGGUUGGUCAUAUUACAGUCCUCCGGUGGCAGUAUACUCAUCUCCUGUCAGUGAUGAAGGGAAUGUCAAUUGGACAGUAAAAUACACGGGUGGCAUCCAUCAAAGCUCUAGUGUAGCUUCGUUUUCAGGAUUCACCUCGGCGUCGUACGCGCUUUGGGUGGCUACUCCGACUUCAUAUUACAGUCUAGGUGGUAACAUGGUUGGAUCGACCGAUCCUGGACUUGUAGGUCUGGGAAACAAUUCAGUACCAAUGACUGGAAUGGUGGAGUAUAAUUUCGAAAAGGGACUAUGGACCAAUUCAAGUAGUACCGACUACGGCGGAACAGUAUUUGGCGGACAUUCAGGGUUUGGAUCGGGAGGAGAAGGCUUAUAUGUGCCCAUUUUUGGGCAAGAGGGCAUUCUUGUCUUUUUAGGUGGAGAUGCGCCUUUCACUCAAGCAAUUUUAUCAAAAGGUAGUAACCCGGUUCCAAUGAAUCAGAUUACCAUUUACGAUAUUCAGUCUCGAAAAUUCUAUCUGCAGAGCGCAGGAGGUGAUAGCAUUCCCUUUCCAAGGGCGAACUUUUGCGCCGUUGGAGCGGGUUCUUCUGAUAAUUCUACCUGGGAGAUAUUUAUAUAUGGAGGAUUUCAUUUGGGAGAUAUCAAUAGUUAUGGUCUUGAUAAAGUGUAUAUCCUGACACUUCCUGCAUUCCGAUGGUUUGAAGCUCCCGCAAUAGGUGGCACAGUACGAAGCAGUCAUCGUUGUCAAAUCAUCGGCAAGCGACAAAUGUUAAGUAUAGGAGGUCAUGGUAAUGAUUAUGAUGAUCAAGACCCAUGGAAAAGUGGAAUGGGAAUAUUUGACAUGUCAGAGUUGACUUGGGGGUUUAAUUACGAUGCCAAUGCUGCCGCCUAUGCUCGUCCAGCUCUUGUCACAAACUACUAUAAUACAUCCAGUCAAUUCCCAACUUUCGAUAAUGCGAGUCUGGAAGCAGUUAUCAAAUUCACGCAAAACGACUCAUCUGUAACUCUCAAUAAUUCAACUUCAGGUCCUUCCUCAGCGAACACUUCUACAUCCACCUCGGGAGGAACCUCAAACGCGCCUGCUUCAUCACAAAAGUCGAAAGUGGGUGCUAUAGCAGGAGGCAUAGCAGGCGGCGUCGCAGCUGCAAUUUUAGCUAUUCUUGGAUACUUAUUUUGGCGGCGGCGACAAAAAAGGCAAGAAAUUAAUAUCGCUAAGUUAACAAGCGAUUCUACUUCAGUCCUUCCUGCAAACACAACGGGUAUGCAUGAAAUGGAGGAGCAGCGUCGGAUCACAGAAUUGAAUGCUGGGCUUCGACCGGAAAUGGAUGAACAGAGGGGUAUAUCGGAGUUGAACGGUGGUGUAAUGUUGGAAAUGGAUGGGAGCAGUAUUGUUAAUGAAAGAGUCGGGAAGAUUUUGAGAUGA